GUCCUAUCAGAGCAGCAGAGCAGAGUCUGAUGUCGGUGGCUGAGGGUCUUUCAUCCAGACGUGUGUGACUCUUCAUCAACGGACGACAGCAGGUCAGACGUGAACGUUUGCUCCUUGUGGCUGCUCAUGUUUUAAAGAAAUGGAUCCUGAUGGUAAGAGACGUGAGGCUGUUCCACUGUAUGAGGGGAAGUUUAAUGGGUACCCUGAACAGCCGGGACAGUUCGGCCCUCCUGGACAGUUCGGCCCUCCUGGACAGUUCGGCCCUCCUGGACAGGGCGGACAGCCUGGACAGCCUGUUGGACCUGUAGUGGUUGACCAUACCACAGUGCAGAUCACCACUGAGCCCCCCCGGGACCACAUCGUCUGGUCCAUACUCAGUCUUUUCUACGCAAACAUUUGUUGCCUCGGACUGGCAGCUCUCAUCUGCUCGAUCAAGGCCAGAGACCGGAAGAUGGCUGGAGAUAUGGUUGGUGCCCGACACCACGGCUCAACCGCCCGCACACUCAACAUCGUCGUUGCAUCUCUGGUUAUCGUCUCCAUCAUCAUUUCUAUUAUUCUCUUGAUCUAUCAACCAUAUAACUCAAUGUACAUCUACGGCUUUUGGGGCGGCAGGUUGUAAACGAGCUGAGUCGUCAGCUGCUGCUGCUACGUUCCUUUGAUCUGUCACAUUUUAUACACAUUUUAUACCUUAAACAUGUGAACACGACUGAUUUGUGUUUGUGUGUCCAAACUGUUUCAUUUGACAAUAAAAGAGUUUCCUAACCCGUGUGAUUUGAUCAAAUUGUUACAGAACAUUUCAGACUUAAAUCUGAAACAGGACGACAGCUACAAAAAGCUAAGAACAGUUAUGAGAGAGCAGAUUCAACGUUAAUAAAUCAGUGACAAGUGAUUUAAAGCUGCCACAGACGCUCGUUCAUUAUUAUUCAGGAAGUACCUUUUCAAAAUAAAAGAAACCAUUUCAAAAUAAAUGUAUCAAAACUUU